AUGUCUGACAACGAACGACGGUUAGUAUCGACACUGACCAGGCCCAGCGCUGUCCCGCCGUUGGGCCCGUCUGAGACGGAUGCAUCGGCACCCUCCGCCUCUGGCCAUGGCCCUCAAACCGCCAAACCUGGAAGGCGACGACGCGCCGCCGAAUCGACGAAUAAACCUCCCAAGAACCAACACUUCUACUUUGUUGAUCAGAACUCGUCAUCCAAAGAAAAGCGCGCUCAUGUUAUGCGCCACCAUGUACAGGAAAAAAGGAAACAGCGCAAAAUGUCGCGUGGAACACUCCCCAAAGAGCACACCCCAGAUUAUACCACAUACCCGGCGAAUAAAGAGGCAGGAACUGUCGAAAAUACUCGAUUGGAGUCGCCUUCGACAGCUGUACAAAACUUCCCCAACCGGGAAACUUCGCUUCAAAUCAGAUUCUCAAAUAUGAAAUCGCAACCUCAUACUCCCCUACCACACAUUGGCUCGCCAAUCACGAUACUUGAUGCCUCACGGAGGGAUCCGUUUGCUAGUCUGCCAAUCGAAUACGACAAUAGCGAUAUUGAAUUGGCUGACUAUUGGAGGAACAAGUUGACGUACUGGUCCGGACAAAACCUUCACAUGAAAAACCAGAUUUUCCGCACGGCUAUGGGAAACCCUCUUUCAUUCAAGGCAGUAGUCCUGUCAUACUGCGCGCGGUGGAAAGCACAGCUGUACGACAUGCCUGACAGCACCGAAAUCCAGCGCCAUGUUGGUCAAGCCGCGAAACUCAUAGAUGACGUUCACUCAGGCUCGGCGCUAGUCAGAGCGGAUGAUCUUGCAAUGGCCUUGGGUGGAAUGGCCUUGAACGAAGGGCGCUUCGGGAGCAAGCAACUGGCCCAGAUAUAUGUUGACCGCGCGAUCCAGGUUAUGCGACCACGAACAGGAACUAAUAAGCCUGUGGAAGUAUUUAUCCACUACGUCCGAUACCUGAUGAUGCCAGAAAGCCCCCAGAUCAGUUUGACGGAGCAGCAAUGGCUACUCACUUUUCUGCGCGGAGCCGAAGACCUCAUGCGGCAACACAGCUCCUCCGAAUACCUCCUCCAAGCACCUCACAGACUUAAGGCUUUCCAAAUGGAAAGUCCUCUAUUUUCCCUGCUGUCUAGUGGACCGCGGCCCUCCCAAGUGCCACACGAGUCGCGUGUAUAUGUGGUUCGUGGUGCGCAAACCCAGGAGGUCAGCCGAACGGCGGCGCUCAUUUAUAUUACGGCUGCACUGUGGGAUUUCCAGGAGUCCCCAAAUAAGACCGAUCGGUUCCUUGACUUUUUAUGUACCACAGCGAAACAGCACCAUCUCGAUCGGGAUCCAGCUUGUGAAACCCUUCUGUGGUUGCUGCUGGAAGAAGGACAUGAUUCCGAUUUACAAGAUCCCGAACGUGGAUGGUCGACUGGCGAGCUGGUCAAGGCGCAUAAACGGCUCCGGCCUGACCUCCAGUUCCAGUUUAAUGAGAUUCUCAUGAGUUUCUUAACCUUUCAGACGCCUAUCCGCGGGGUCACUGCAUUUGAAGAGGAGCUUCCACAUAGUUCACAUAGUUCACAUAGUUCACAUAAUUCUCAAUGA